UGGGGCUAAUGGCCAUUCUCCGUCGGACGAAGAAGAAGAAGAAGAUUGUUCCACUGGUUGCCUUGCAGAGGACUUCCAGCAGUCUUUAGCUGCAUUUGCCAGCCUCGCCAAUUUUCGUAAUGAGCGACGACACGGGCAUUAUCGUUGAUGAGCCUUCUGAACAACAGCCAAAUGUUAAGGGUGAUCGCAGUCUCUGGACAAGACGUCCGUCCAUAAAGGGUUUCCUGGUACUCGUCGCAGCGGUUGCAUUUUACGUGCUAUCACCCUUCGUCUUCCCCGCACGACCACGGCCUCUGAGACGGCCCCUACAAUUCUACGGCGUCGACAAUGUUACCGGAUUCGGUUCUUACGUGGUACCCAACAUCAUCCACUACGUGCGGUUCGGACAGCCGAACGUCUCAUUCAUAGAAGCCAUGAGCAUACGCUCCGCCUUCAUUAACCACGGUCCGGACGAAAUCAUAAUUCAUUGCGACGUUUGCCAGCUGGACGGACCGUAUGGCCAUUUGGUCCGCGAGAUACCUGUCUUAAAACUCAACAAACGGAUGCGGCCACUGAGCGUUUUCGGACUCGAGGUGGGCGGCGUCGAGCACGCUUCGGAUAUUGCUCGUCUCCAGACUCUGCUGAGGUACGGAGGCAUGUACCUGGACAACGACUGCAUGGUCAUUCAGCCCGUGCACCGAUAUCGUCACUUUGAGGCGACGAUAGGCUGGGUAUAUGGGGCGUACAUGGGAAACAUGAUAAUGCUGGCCGCUCCCGGUGCCCGAUUCUUUCGUCUGUACCAGCAACUUUACAAGGAGUACAACCGCAGCUCUUGGUAUUACAAUGCCGGAGACCUACCCACCAUGCGCCUGCUGUGGCAUCAUCCCCACCUUAUUCACCGAGUCCCUGUCCUCAUUGGUGUCGGCUAUUCUAUGCUGUAUAAGCUGUACAAUCCGGGUUUUCAUCCCGAUUGGAGGGAUUAUCAUGUGGUCCACACAUUCCUGCGCCACCGUUCUGCGAAGGAAGACCCCUUGUGUGCGAUACCGUAUGACUUGAAGAAUGUAAGGACGUACAACACAUCACUGGGAGAGAUGAUGCGCGAGGUUCUCUUUGGUACGUCCGAGUACGUGAACGACACCGCCGAAGUGAAAACAGCAGUCGAACUCUACGUUGCGAAGCGACGGAUGUCGACGCCGUCGUUGACGGUACAAAACACUACCGAUCGUGGAACCAGUCGCCGUUAGUACGGCAAUGUGCAAAUAGGUACAUAGCUGUAAAUAUGUAACGAUGAAAAAGUGUGUCUACAGGAAAGUCCAAUGUCAAUAAUUUAUUAAAGGUGUCACUACAAGAAGA